GCGGCGGCGGCGGCGGCCCGGGGGCGGCGCGGCACUGCACGGCGCUGCGCGGCGCGGCCCAGCCCUGCCCUCUCGGUCACUGACCGCGCUCGGCCCACAUCCCGGGCCGACCACCCCGAGGGCCGGCCGCCGAUGGAGAGCCAGUUGUGCCGAGCCCCACGGCCCCAGAAGAUGCCCUGGCGCUAGGCCGUCGGCCUGCCCUGUGAUGGAUCCCAGUGCCUGCCUGCAUUGCUGUGGCAAUGAUCCUCACGCGGCCUCUCGAAGACAAAGGUGCUGCUGACUCCCUAACAUGCAAGACUUUACGCCCUGAGCUGCACACUCCAAAGAAGAUGAGUCAAGGACCCACCCUUUUCUCCUGCGGAAUGAUGGAGAAUGGCAGAUGGAGAGACCUUGACCGGAAGUGCCCCCUUCAGCUGGACCAGCCCAGCCCCAGCAUCUGGGACUGCCUGCCUGAGAAGGGUCCGGAUGGCUCCCUCUGGUCCAGGGACGCGGCUGCCGCCUGCUCGGUGACCAGCCUUAUCAAAGACCUCAGCCUGAGUGACCACAACGGUAACCCGUCAUCACCCCCCCCCAGCAAGCGGCAGUGCCGCUCCCUGUCUUUUUCCGAUGAGCUGUCCAGCUGCCGAACAGCGUGGAGGCCCUUGGGAUCGAAGGUCUGGACUCCCGUGGAGAAGAGGCGCUGUUACAGUGGCGGGAGUGUGCAGCGCUACUCCAGCGGCUCCUGCCCCAUGCAGCGGAGCUCCAGUUUCAGCCUCCCCUCACGCGCCAACAUGCUAUCCUCCUCCUCCUCCUCCUCCUUCAACGACCAGGCUGGCGGUCACGGCAGACUCGGGGGGCAGCCCUGCCCCGGGAUCCCGGGCUCGGCCCCCUGCGGACAGGCUGGAGACAUCUGGUGGAGCAGCACAGCGUCUGCCGGCGGGCGCAGGGUGGACAUGCAGCGGUCCCUCUCGUGUUCCCACGAGCAGUUCUCCUUUUCAGAAUAUUGCCUCCCCUCUGCCAACAGCACGCCCACCUCCACCCCGGAGCUGUCCAGACGCUCCAGUGGGCUGUCACGGAGCCGAUCCCAGCCCUGUGUCCUCAAUGACAAGAAAGUGGGAGUGAAGCGUCGGCGACCUGAAGACCCUCAGGAGCCAAGGCCCUCUCUCGACCUCGCCAAGAUGACACAGAACUGUCAAACCUUCAACAGCCUCAGCUGCCUUAGCACUGUGGUAGAUGACUGCUGCCCGCAGAGCCCGUUUGCCACCAACAUGAAGAGCCCCAAGUCCUGGACAGCCUGGUUCUCUGCCUCCACCAGCACGGAAGGCAGGGAGCCUGCAGGGACCCCUGGCCCGGAGCCGCCUCCUGCUACCGAAGACUGUGCACUUAGCAAGGAAGACCUGUCCUUUGAGGGGUCGGACUGUGGUCUCCCCGAGGAGGAGAGCGGCCGGAAGGAGGAGGACCAGGCCUCGGCCUGGCGGAGCUGUGAGACCGACGGGGCUGGCAUCUUCCCUCUGGAUGGCGAGUUGGACAUUGAACAAAUAGAAAACAACUAGGGGAGAACAGAACACGACUUAUCUCCCGUCUGCA